GGCUACGACGGUCGAAUGCGAGGAGCACUUCCGGCCCCAGUCCGACUGCCGUGGCCGCCGUCUUCUUCCUGUUCUCUCUCCGGCUCCUUCUUCCUCGCUGUGCGGUGAACCGGCGAGAUGAGGCGCAACCCCAUCGCCCAGAUGCGCGGUGGAACCGACGGUGAAAGCCUGACGGUGGGCGAUGAGAGGAGCAGUCAUUCGCCAAAUAGAAGAAAAACAGAUGAAGUAGACAGCGGUCCAACAAAGAGAAAUUUGAGUCCUAAAGAUGAAUCUGACUUUAGCCAAUCGGAUGAAGAAGCCACUGACUCAGACGUGGACCAGGGAGCAGGUGGCGAUUCACCGAUAGUUAGCAGGACACGUUCACGGAUUUCUUCAGAUCAACUUCUACACCAACAGCCCAUCAUAAGUCAAAGACUUCUUCGUUCAACCCAAGCACAAAAGAAUGACAGGACUCAAUCAAGUAAAGCUAAUAUUAAGCUUGAACCUCCAGUACUGUCUCGCACAGACCCUUCCCUGAAGAAAGGAGAAACAGUCAGAAGACCUGCACAGGAAGAGAGACGCGAUACCUCAAACAAGCAUGUGGCCUUCAUUGUAAUGAUUGUAUUGCUAGUUUGCGCCGCACUGUUCCAGCUCUUUGUGAGCAAGCCCCAGGCUGCUAGUUUCGUUGAGAAGACAGCACUAACUGUAUUUUUGGACAAGUUUGAGCAAGUUGAAGCCCUGUUCUACGGACAACAGUCAGCACUGUGGAAGAGAAGCAGGAUCACACUGCGCAACCAGAUUAAUCAAACCAAACAUGAGAAACCUGCCAUCCUGAUGUUUGCUGCUGCGUGGGAUGGGCAGCAGACCAUGAGGUGCCUCGCUCGCCAGAUUGCAGAUGCUUACUCCGUAGCCCUCAAUGCUACGGCAAUGGUGGAAAUCAACUCAACGGUCGGUAGUGGCUGGGACAGUGACGUUGUGAAACUGGAGGUGGAUACGCAGCUUUCAUCUGGGUUUGACAAAGGUAGCAAGGUAGCAGUGGUUCACCAUUUCCAGGACAUGCCCCCAUUGUCCACCCUGAUCUUCUACAAGUACUGUGACCAUGAGAAUGCAGCCUAUAAAGCAGUUGCCCUGCUCCUCACUGUUCUCCUGGAUGAGGAGAAACUAGCACCGGACAUUGGCUUGAGAGUCUUGGAAAUGAAGGUCCGUGAUUUUCUGAAAAGGAGAUUUUCCUCUGCCGAAGGUAGCAAAGGCAUGGACACCGACAAACUGAGUGGCCUGUGGAGUCGCAUUGCACAUGUUGUGCUUCCAGUGGCACCAAUACGUGAGAUAGAGGAAAGAGGUUGUGAUUCUAAAGAAGGUUGGAAGUAAUCCAUGGGGAGGUUUAAUCAAAGGAGGUUUAAACGAUUGUACAUGAUUCCCCGUUCCUCAUUCCUUAACACCCGAUCUCUCUCCAUUUGGUUCCCUGUCAGGUGUACAUUCUGGUGUGUUUGUCUCAGGUGUACGUCAAGGAUUUUCAAAUGAUGAUUCUUGGGUGAGGGAGGCUGAUCCCAGUCACAGAUGUAUCACUCAAGUGAAAUCCAAACACCUGAGCAGUAUCCUUGUAACCAGUUCUCGCCAACAAGACUAGCCAUUCUCUUCUGCUUGUUGAUGGAGGGGUUGGUGUGGCAGUUUGCAAAUCUUAAAUUGCAAGUAAAAUGUUUUAAAAUUGUGUUGAAACAGCCUUCAAUGGAGCAGACCCCUUUUAUGCAAUGGCUAAAGAGGAAAUCUUAGCUGCAUUAUUGCUUCAUAAAACCCAACAAAUGCAUAACUGCUUUUGUGGGAUAUGUCAUAAAAUAUUGUCCAGAAGGCCUUCCAUCAAAACAGUUUUACUUUUGAAAUUUCUGUGCCUUUCAUUUUCUUAGAACAUCUCUAGAUGUCUUAGACUAGAUUCGCCGAUAAAAUGCAGUCAAUCUAUGUGUAAAAAAAAGUUUUGCAUCAUUUAAUUUGGACCAGAUAAUCUUUGUUUGGGGGAGAAAGUGAGAGGAUUUUGUGGCAGCUUAAGUAAUAUGGGAUAUCUUGUAUCCAACUGAAGGAGAAGAUGACAUUUUGGUUUUGCUUUCUCAGUUAACAAGUGCUUUCACAAUGCAGAACAAGUGCCAACCUAGAUUAUGUGCUCAAGUCCCUACACUUGGACUCUACCUACAACCUUGUUACUCAAAGUGAGUGGUACCUUCUGAGCCACAUUGCUUUCCUGCUGUUAGAUUGCUAUUGCUUAUGUGCUCAGCUUUAAAAUGCACGCAUAAAUCAGCAUAACUCCUGGAGUGAUCUUAAACUUGGUUUGCAUUAUAUCUCCUUAACCUUUUGCUCAAGAUGGAACAUUACAAGGUGAAACAUGGUAGAAUCAUAUAAACACCUUGUAUUCAUGAUAUAAUAGAUGUGCUAUUGUGAAUUAUUUACCAAUUUCAAGAAUAAUUAAUCAUCUCUUCCACUAGAGUAACUCAUAACUUGCCCUAGCCUGUAAGCUACUUCAGUGGAAGCAAAACUGGAAAAAAUGGUUCAAUGUGGCUUUGGAUGCCCAUAGAUGAAACUAUCGGAAGGAAAAUUUUCUGUUAAAUUUUCUAAACUGUAUGCAUUUAUGAAAUUGCCUCUUUCAAAGCGUACAUCUCGAUAAUUUGUGGAAUGGGACAGCAUAUUCAAAGUUGAAUGUAAAAGCAAGUUUUAUUAUGAUUGGAAAUUAUACUGUUGAGAGUUCAAAUGCGGGUUAAGAUUAGUUUAGAAUAAUGUCUGUCUACCACCCAACUGCUGUCACCCGUUUAUUGGGUCCUUUUGUACUACGUUUCCUUUCAUGAACCUGAGUUUUAAUGUUAUUGAUGAACUUGAGUCCUCCUCUGAACCACAGAGACAGCUGCAGAAAACCUUCUUUCAUGUGAUCAGAUCUGGUAUCACAAUCUGGGCCUCCAAUAAACAUACAGUCCUCUCUUACAAUAAAAAAUAAAUUCUCAACCAAGAGUGAAAAUACAUAGGCCGUAAAAUAUAGCAAGUGCUUCCUACAAAUAUUUGUUUGAUCUGUAGUGUUUUCUCUCCAUGUACAGUCUUGUCAGACCAUAUACCAUCACAUAUAGUCUUGGCAGACUAGUCUUAUAGAAAGAACACUGUUUAACUUGAGUGCUACCCAGGAUCAUCUAUUUGCAUUCCCCAUAUUACUGCAGUGACCACACUUCAAAAGUACUUCAUGGACUAUAAAGGUCAUUAGGCAUCAAGAGAGAGUGGGAAAACAUAACAGAAUUGGAAGAUCUCUUCCCAACUGAAUUAAAAGCUUAAUUGUGUUUCUUUUUACACUAACAUAAAACUCAAGGACUGUAGUUUAUAAUAAUGUAUUACAUCCAAAUUGCAAUGUCUACUAUUAUUUUUCCUGCAAUUUUAUGUAAUCAGUUUGUGGUUAAAAAUAAAAAUUGUAUUUUUUAAAA